GCGGCUGCGGCGGGGGCUGCGGCCCAGGUCGUGGGCAGCGAGAGCCCCUGGGGUAACCCCCGGUGGGGAGAGCCGGGGCAGGGCCUGUGGAGCGCUAGGGGCCGGGGGAAGUGAGAAGGUGGAGAGCUCUGACGAGCCGUGUGGGUCCCAGAUGCCAUGGGGUGACGCCACCGGGCAGGGUCCAGGGUGGCGGGCCUGAGGUGUCCGUGGAGGGGCUCCCGUGCCGCGGUGAGACACUGACAGCCACCACCAAGAGGCUCCAGGAGAUGUUAGCCGCAGACAAGCCGCCCCAGGAGAUAUCAGACACAGAUGAACUGCCUGCUGUGGCCCUACCAGUUGUGCCCGACAGGGAGCCAUCUCCAGAGACUCAGAAGGGUCCCUCUAGGGCCAAGCUGCCUCCCUGGCUUGGAAAGUGGGGGACUAGCCGCGAGAAGGAUUCCUCCACUGCAGUGCCGGCACUACCCCCCACCCCACCCACACCAGCCGAGAAGCCCAGCCAGUCGGUGCCCCAGCGGAGCCGUGUGACCCGUGACUGGCAGAAGGAGAUAAUUGUGGACCCCCUGGACUCUCAGCUAGGGGAAGAUUUGGGCAGUGAGGACUUCCAGCAUGGCUACCAUGGUCUGCCGAUCCACCAGUUUCUCUCCUCACUCACUGACAGCUCUUCCCCAAAGGACUGCCCACCUCUUAGGGUCCUGCUGGGGCAAGGGCAGCGGAAGGCCACACUGGCAUCCAUGCUCUACGAGAAAUACAGUAAGGAGACGGAGGAGGAGAUCCAUCCCCCCCCGAGGCGCAUGGAAUCUAUCUCCACCACGCACGACGACUACCGUGCCAUGGGCUUCCAGUCCACACCCCAGCCCACCACCCAGCCUCACAACUACUUAACUGAGCAGCCAACCAGCUUCUGGCUGGAGCAAGCCCGUGGACUGCCGGUAAGGCCCCCACCACGCUGUCCUGCCAGGACCCUGGGGGUCUCAGCUGCUGACAGAGACCUCUCCAAUUCUCUCCUCUCCAGGGUGUCACACCCUUCUUUGGCAGAAACAUUCCCUUCAAGAGGAAUGCAGCCUUCUCCACUCCCAUUACCUUGUACUUAGGGCAUCCUGAGCCCUUCAACCUCUGUGACCCCUACGACCCCCUGAGCAGCCAGCUCCAGCCCCACAAGCAAUAAAAAAAAGGGGGACUCAGGUGGU